AACAUAAACAAAGACCGUAGAGAAAGCGAGACACCCGACUCCCUCAUUUUAUUUGUUAUAGUUGCGGGUGGGAAGAGACGAUUGGAUUAAAUAUCGCUGCUUGUUAAUUAAAGCAUGGUUUUUGCAUGCAGUUUAAAGUUGAUUGCAUUCGGAAUCAGACUGCCUCCAUGGUGUGACGAAGGUGCCCUGCUCUGUCAGACGGCGAAGUCGGUUCAAAACAAAAAAAAGUAACAUUAAUUGUGUAGUAAUUAGUAGGAUUCGGUGUUUUCCAUGUGUGACACUUUAUCUGCUUUCCCAAGUUCUUAGAUUACUGUUUGAUUUUGAAGAUCAUUGAUGUCAUGAUUUGACCUCGUAUUUUUCUGAGUUCCCAGGUGUGUUGAACGCACCAAUAUGCCACGAUUUUGCCAUCUCAGACAAAAUCUCCACGUCGUGGGCAAAUUCAGGUCGUACGUAAACGAUUGUUGGAAGUCUUGGCUGGUUCAGUGUGACAGAGUCUAAGUCUGCUGAUUAAGUACCACUACGUGCGGUCGUAGGUCCUGUCUACGUUCUGCCAGUGUCAGACAUUUUGAGCCUUAAUUGUGUCGUGUGCCUGAAAAUGUCCAAUCAAUUUACAAGAAUCUGUCUUAUAUUUGUAUCUAAUCUAUAUAUUGUGUGCAUGCGCACUUUGUCAACAACAAUACAUACAUGAUUGAAUGUUUUUAUUUUCAUUUUUUUCCCCAGGUGGAGUGGUUUCAGUCCCAUAAUGUUUAUUCCAGGUGGAGUGGUUUCAGUCCCAUAAUGUUUAUUCCAGUUGGAGUGGUUUCAGUCCCAUAAUGUUUAUUCCAGGUGGAGUGGUUUCAGUCCCAUAAUGUUUAUUCCGGGUGGAGUGGUUUCAGUCCCAUAAUGUUUAUUCCAGUUGGAGUGGUUUCAGUCCCAUAAUGUUGUUUAUUCCAGGUGGAGUGGUUUCAGUCCCAUAAUGUUGUUUAUUCCAGGUGGAAUGGUUUCAGUCCCACAAUGUUGUUUAUUCCAAGUGGAGUGGUUUCAGUCCCAUAAUGUUGUUUAUUCCAGGUGGAAUGGUUUCAGUCCCAUAAUGUUGUUUAUUCCAGGUGGAGUGGUUUCAGUCCCAUAAUGUUUAUUCCAGGUGGAGUGGUUUCAGUCUCAUAAUGUUGUUUAUUCCAGGUGGAGUGGUUUCAGUCCCAUAAUGUUGUUUAUUCCAGGUGGAGUGGUUUCAGUCUCAUAAUGUUGUUUAUUCCAGGUGGAGUGGUUUCAGUCCCAUAAUGUUGUUUAUUCCAGGUGGAGUGGUUUCAGUCCCAUAAUGUUUAUUCCAGGUGGAGUGGUUUCAGUCUCAUAAUGUUGUUUAUUCCAGGUGGAGUGGUUUCAGUCCCAUAAUGUUGUUUAUUCCAGGUGGAGUGGUUUCAGUCUCAUAAUGUUGUUUAUUCCAGGUGGAGUGGUUUCAGUCCCAUAAUGUUGUUUAUUCCAGGUGGAGUGGUUUCAGUCCCAUAAUGUUGUUUAUUCCAGGUGGAAUGGUUUCAGUCCCAUAAUGUUGUUUUAUUCCAGGUGGAAUGGUUUCAGUCUCAUAAUGUUGUUUAUUCCAGGUGGAGUGGUUUCAGUCCCAUAAUGUUGUUUAUUCCAGGUGGAGUGGUUUCAGUCCCAUAAUGUUGUUUAUUCCAGGUGGAGUGGUUUCAGUCCCAUAAUGUUGUUUAUUCCAGGUGGAAUGGUUUCAGUCCCAUAAUGUUGUUUAUUCCAGGUGGAAUGGUUUCAGUCCCAUAAUGUUGUUUAUUCCAGGUGGAGUGGUUUCAGUCCCAUAAUGUUGUUUAUUCCAGGUGGAGUGGUUUCAGUCCCAUAAUGUUGUUUAUUCCAGGUGGAGUGGUUUCAGUACCAUAAUGUUGUUUAUUCCAGGUGGAGUGGUUUCAGUCCUAUAAUGUUGUUUUAUUCCAGGUGGAAUGGUUUCAGUCUCAUAAUGUUGUUUAUUCCAGACAGGAGUCUUAUCAGGACACCCAGCUGUCUUGACCGAUGACAGAAUACUUGAUAUAGACGAGAUUGUGGCGUAAUUAUUUUGGGAUUACUUCAUGGGGCAAAAAUAACUGAGCAUUUUCUAAAUUCUAACUGACCCCCUGCAACUGGACAAUGACAUUUUAUGAGAUUCCUGUUUCCUCUAAUUGAGGAUGAAGACGGUAUCGGCAAGUUUUGGUCGAAAAUCUUCCGUGUUACACCAAAUGGUACCUAACCGGUAACUCUCAGUAUAAUGGAUACCACCUUCUUUGGGUUAAAUCACAUUAUCUGGUGUUAUAAUCUAUAGCUAAGUCUGUGAGGGGGUCUUGGGGGAAAAAAGGAACUAUGAUUAAGUGAAUGGAUCACACACUAAUUCAAUCAAAAGUGCAAGAUGGACAUUGUGAUGUGUAGAAUAUCAUGUGUAAGGAAGAAUGUUGUAAAUGUUUAGUGAGUGGACCAUGAUCAUUUCAACGUGUUUUUGCAUGAUUAAUAUGCUGUUAAUCUGAUGAUGUAUUUCUCAUGUCUACAUCUGUUUAUGUAUGUGCUUGAAAAAUAAUUACCAUUUUGAAAUUUAUGUUUUGUAUAUUUAAACAUUUGUCUUUCUAAAACAUUACAAUUGACCCGAUUUGAUAACGUUGUGAUGUGGAACUACAAGUCCCAUCUGCCAUUAGUCUAGUUUAGUAAUGCUGCUGGUCGACCAAGCAUGUUCACUCUGUUGGGACUACAAGUCCCAUCUGCCAUUAGUCUAGUUUAGUAAUGCUGCUGGUCGACCAAGCAUGUUCACUCUGUUGGGACUACAAGUCCCAUCUGCCAUUAGUCUAGUUUAGUAAUGCUGCUGGUCGACCAAGCAUGUUCACUCUGUUGGAACUACAAGUCCCAUCUGCCAUUAGUCUAGUUUAGUAAUGCUGCUGGUCGACCAAGCAUGUUCACUCUGUUGGGACUACAAGUCCCAUCUGCCAUUAGUCUAGUUUAGUAAUGCUGCUGGUCGACCAAGCAUGUUCACUCUGUUGGGACUACAAGUCCCAUCUGCCAUUAGUCUAGUUUAGUAAUGCUGCUGGUCGACCAAGCAUGUUCACUCUGUUGGGACUACAAGUUCCAUCUGCCAUUAGUCUAGUUUAGUAAUGCUGCUGGUCGACCAAGCAUGUUCACUCUGUUGGGACUACAAGUCCCAUCUGCCAUUAGUCUAGUUUAGUAAUGCUGCUGGGCGACCAAGCAUGUUCACUCUGUUGGGACUACAAGUCCCAUCUGCCAUUAGUCUAGUUUAGUAAUGCUGCUGGUCGACCAAGCAUGUUCACUCUGUUGGGACUACAAGUCCCAUCUGCCAUUAGUCUAGUUUAGUAAUGCUGCUGGUCGACCAAGCAUGUUCACUCUGUUGGGACUACAAGUUCCAUCUGCCAUUAGUCUAGUUGAGUAAUGCUGCUGGUCGACCAAGCAUGUUCACUCUGUUGGGACUACAAGUCCCAUCUGCCAUUAGUCUAGUUUAGUAAUGCUGCUGGUCGACCAAGCAUGUUCACUCUGUUGGGACUACAAGUCCCAUCUGCCAUUAGUCUAGUUUAGUAAUGCUGCUGGUCGACCAAGCAUGUUCACUCUGUUGGGACUACAAGUCCCAUCUGCCAUUAGUCUAGUUUAGUAAUGCUGCUGGUCGACCAAGCAUGUUCACUCUGUUGGGACUACAAGUCCCAUCUGCCAUUAGUCUAGUUUAGUAAUGCUGCUGGUCGACCAAGCAUGUUCACUCUGUUGGGACUACAAGUCCCAUCUGCCAUUAGUCUAGUUUAGUAAUGCUGCUGGGCGACCAAGCAUGUUCACUCUGUUGGUGUGUUGACGUGAAUUCCCCUCGCAGUUCCCGGGAGCAGCGCACAGAACCACACCACCACCAUGCCUGAGGGUCCAGAGUUACACUUGGCCAGUCUGUUUGUCAACAGGAUGUGUGGGGGAGUGGUCUUCACUGGCCCAGUACAAAAAUCAGAGGUCAGUAAGAACCCUGAGGUCUCCUUCUCCUGCCCGGCCUACACCAUCAUCGCCACCUCCAGAGGCAAGGAGGUCCGCCUCACUCUAACCCCCCAGAAGAGUGACUCUGCUCAGGGGAGAUGCAGGCGGGGGAAGAAAGGUCAGGUCAACCAGGUCCAGACCAUGGACAUCGUCUUCCGUUUCGGAAUGUCUGGAUUCUUCCGUUUCACCACGGAGGCGGAGCUUCCUAAACAUUCCCACCUGCGGUUCUACACCAAUGAGAAGCCCUGUAGGGUUCUGAGCUUUGUGGACACACGCCGCUUUGGCAGCUGGCAACCCAACGGGACCUGGCAACUCAACCGAGGGCCCUGUAUCAUGUUUGAGUACCUGAGCUACAGGGAGAAUGUCCUUUCCCACCUGUCCGACAGAGCGUUCGACCGGCCCAUCUGUGAGGUUCUGUUGAACCAGAAGUACUUUAACGGCAUUGGCAACUACCUGAGAGCUGAGAUCCUCUUUAGAUUAAACAUCCCUCCUUUUGUGAAGGCUCGGACGGUUCUGGAAGGACUUCAAACACAUCUGUCUGACGAGGACCGGAAGUCAGUUGUUAAAGUGGAGGUCACAGACACAGAAGUCAAAGAGGAGGUCACCAACACCGAGGUCAAAGAGGAGGUCACCGACAGAGAAAUCUCAGACAGAGCUGCUGUGAAGGAGGAUGAGAGUGAGACUCCAGACCUGCUCCGUCUCUGUCACACAGUACCUCUGGAGGUCAUCAAGUUAGGUGGUAAAGGUUACGACCCAGAGAAAAUGGACUACACUGACUUCAAAUCGUGGCUCCAGUGUUACUGUGUGGAGGGGAUGAAGUCUGUAAGAGAUCACAACGGCAGAACUAUGUGGUUCAAGGGAGAUCCAGGUCCCAUGGCUCCUAAAGAUGCCAAAACAAAGAUGAUAGUGAAGAAAGAAGAUGACCAUGAUUAUAAAGGGGGAAAAAAGGUAAAGAAGGCCCGCUCUGAGAGCCCGAUGAAGCCAAAAUACAUCAAGGAAACGGAAGUCCCUCAGAGACGGGCAGGAAGGAGGAAGUAAACAUGACCUCAGCAGAAGAGCACCGUUAGAGUCCACCCCACAGACGUGGAGUGGGACCAGAAACCGUGCCAGACAGUAGAAGAAUAUUGUCCCUUUUCAUGCAGGAAACCAAAAAAAUAUAUUUUUUGCUUUCAAUCCAGAAGCUGCUAGGUAGAACAAGCAAGUAGCUGUCGGAACAGAGCUAUUACUGAACGGGGCCAUUUAAAAUACAACUGUCUAUGAUAUGUGUUCUGCAAAGAGAAAUCCCCUUUUUGUACCAUGUAAUAAACAACGUUUGAUAUCA